UGUGUAGCACCACGCAUGCGCAGUGAGAUUUCCUUCGCAUCUGGCGCCACACUCAAGCUGCUCGACUGGAACAUGUCUAAAAAGAAAGGACUUAGCCUGGAGGAGAAAAGGAGUCGUAUGAUGGAGAUAUUCUUUGAAACUAAAGAUGUGUUUCAGCUGAAAGACAUGGAAAAAAUCGCCCCCAAGUCCAAAGGAAUCAGUAAGGCAAAUAUUACAGCAAAAGAGGCCGUGUCUAGGUGGACAGAUAAUGUUUUUGCAAUCAAAUCCUGGGCAAAAAAGAAGUUCGGCUUUGAGAACAGCAACUUGGACAAAGCUUUCGGAAUACCCGAGGACUUUGACUACAUGAACUGAUCAGGAACUCGCAGGAUCUUAGGAUUGUUUGAUCUGUUUUUCGGUGAUUCUCUUACAUCGGUUUGUUUUAUGUUUAGAGACACGACGUGAAAUUAAUCGCUUGUGGGGAAAAAAAGGUUCUAUGACGAGCAUGCAUUUGUUUCUGUAUAAAGUAGGAAUGUGUUAUGGAUUUGAAGUCAUUUCAGAUGUUCCGGUCACUUCAGAUGCUUUCAUUUUUGGUUUGCAUUUUUCAUUAGUCGUCAUUUUUCACCGUGCACAUAUCUUUGUGUAUCUUGUAAAUAUGAAAAAUGGUCAGUUGCUUUGUGUUAUAUG